GCCCCCAAGAUGGCGCCGCGCUGAGGGGAGCCCGCGCUGAGGGCCGAGCUGCGCGGCCUGCUGCUCUGCUCCACACCGUCCCGUUGUGGCCCGGCUGCUGUGGUGUUCUGAAGCCCCAGAGGGCUGAGCGCGGCCUAGGUGGCUUUUCCACUCGGUUUUGACUGCAAGUGGAAGGCAGAUCUUUGAAAUACGUGAUGUCCACUUGUCAGCUUUUAAUGAGUAGGCAGAAGAAGAAGUCCUCUAAGGAAUCUCUGUUGUUCCCCACCAAAAUCGCUACUAAGCAGCAGUCUGUGGUGCUGGUGAAAAGACUUCUGGCCAUCUCUGUCUCCUGCAUAACAUACCUGAGAGGGCUGUUCCCUGAGAGUUCUUACGGAACUCGCUAUUUAGAUGACCUCUGUCUAAAAAUUCUGCGAGAAGAUAAAAGCUGUCUGGGAUCGUUUCAGAUAGUCAAGUGGAUUCAAGGUUGUUUUGAUGCUUUGGAGAAGCAGUAUCUACACGUUGCUGUCCUAGCAAUGUACACCAAUCCCGAGGAACCGGAGACAGUGACUGAACUGUAUCAAUUCAAGUUCAAGUACAAAAAGGAGGUGCCCGAGAUGGACAUCAUCAGCAACAGAACGAACUCUGUGAAUGGAGUGUACAGCGAGGACAUGAAACAAGCCAGCAGCCUCCUGAUCCGUAAGCUGUACCUGUUAAUGCAAAACCUUGGCCCACUUCCCAAUGACAUUACCCUGACCAUGAAGCUCCUCUAUUAUAAUGAUGUAACUCCUGAUGAUUACCAGCCACCUGGCUUUAAGAAAGAUGACAACCCUGGUGACCUGUUGUUUGAUGGUGAUCCUGUCAACUUGAAAGUAGGGUCAGUCUCCACUGGGUUCCACACCUUGAAAGUGAAAGUAACAACUGAAAACAAAAGAAUGGGGAGAGUUGAAAGCAACCUGAUCCAGAAGAAUAGCCCUACUCAGAUCUCCCAUCAAGGUUUAGACUGUGAUGAAGAGGAAGAGGAGGGGAGCACUAAGAACAACCCUCUCCCUGUCAGAGCAGAGUCAGGUGAACGUGGAAAGGACAAAAAUUAUACCCAUCCAGGCCUGAGAACUGAAGCAUCUUCUUUUUGCUCUCAAGAUACAGGUGGAAAGGAAAAGAUGGAAAUAAAAGAGAUGGGCAGGCAGCCUUCCUCACAGGCAUCUCAGCAGAUAAGCUGCCUGAACCUUGAGUUUAGCCAGGAAGAGGUAAUAGGACCCAAGAAGAAAAGGAAGGUCAGUGAACCAGAGAGGCUGCUUCUGGAAGGCAGGAAAUGAUGUUUGUUCUGCCACACAAUGCAUUUUAGAAGGUGUGAGUUUGUGCUGUCAUCUGACUGGUAAAGACCUUAAUUUUCUCCUCAUAUUUAACUCUCCACAUACCACACGUAUUUCAGCGUACUUUGUCUUGUACAAAGUUUGGGUAGCAAAGAGGCAGUAGGCACCACAGCUGGCCACAACUGUAGGCCAACAGCACUUGUUUCAUGUUUUAAAGUUGAGGAAUGAUGAUUCCAUGUGGACAGUGUCCGUGUGCUUCUUUCUGCUUGUCUCUCCCUCCCACCACACACACAUCCCACUGGCUAAAUUUGCUCCUCUGUGGCUGGGCUGUCCUUUGCCAAUAUAUUAUCAAUAUCAACAGCACUAUUUCAGGAUGAACUCUCUCAGAUAUCAAUGGCAGCAAACCAGUUUCAUGAUUCAUUAGAUUGUGUUUCAUUCUAUCUACUCUUUCCGGAGCGUAGAUUUUAUUUUAUUUUUCAGAGAAGGGUUUUUAUCUAUAUUGAAUGCAGAGAUAAAGUAAUCUAUACACAUUUUCUGCUGUAGCUGCUGAAUGUUGUUUUUUUUUUUCUGACUCUGCAAGUAGUGUUGCUAUGGCUAUAAUAUCAACUUACUUCUGAAGCAGCAAUCCACUUCGUACCAAGAGGUGUUACCCAAUACAGCGUGUGUUGAAAUACACCAUGUUUCAAACCUAACUUUUAUAAAGGUACCUCUUGAUGGCAAAUAUAGGUAAAGAGAUCAGCAGCAGUAAAAGAAAGAAUUUUUGUGUCCUUUGGAGCAAAGGUGCUGUGUUUUCUGGCAGGUAGAUUGCCUGGCUGACACUGCCAAGUUAUUACUGGAGAGGUGCAAAAACCUAAUGGUUAUUAUUGGAGUGGAGCAAAAUGAUCUUAAUUAGUCUUAAACAUUUUUAAAAAGAUAUUCAGAGAACAAACUCUGCAUUACUUUAUACAGAAGAAAAGAGAGAAUGAAAUUUGAAACACCAAAGAAGGGAAUUUAGAACAGCAUCUUCCCAACACAAAGUUGGUCUUACAGGGGUGGAGAAAUAAAAAAGCACUAGAAUGCAACAGAGUAGUGUCCCUGGUAAUGUAGCAGCAUUCCUGGCAUUUCUGAUGCUCAUCAGAGAGAUUUCAGGAUGGGGCUUGAAGGUCAGUAGUGGUUUGGGGUAUAAGGUGUUCCUUUUGUGGCAUAUGUCAUCUCCACAGAAAGGAUUGCUUGGCAGGUACAUGGAACCAGAUGCAGGCUUCUCAGGCCAGGCACCCGAAGGAGCUGACUGACUGGGUGGGUGUACACCCCUAAAUGUUCAACUGACCUCCUCCACGUAGCUGAAUAAGGCACUGCAAUCCUAAUUCUAAUGCCACCCACCCCUGUCCUUCCUUAGGCAGACAGACUGCUGGCAGCCCCUCAGCCUGCAGCAGCGUCUGCCAGGUUUCGUGGUGUGAUGCCUGUUUCACAAAACUUGUAGAACAUGAAAGUUCUCCAUUUUAUCCUCACUUUCAGUUCUGUGUCCUCACAUUUGCACCUGUGGCCUAAUAAGCCAGUUUGUUCGCAUGCCAGAGCAAACCAGAAAGCUUCCUUCUGCCCAGAUUUUGUAAUGAUAUUUACACUCAUGCCUCCACAUCCAUGGGAGGCCUGCGUUCUUUGAGCACAGCUACAGCUCAGGACCUGCCUUGACCUGAGAGCUGUGCUCUGGUGCUCCUGGAGGUUGUGGUUCUGUGUUUCUUCAGCCUGCUGGCUCCUGCCUGCCCCCAAAGCCUCGUUAUGUUGUUGUAUUGUGCGUACAGGAGAAAGACAAACAAGCCUGUGGUUAUGGCUACUAGAGGGAAGCCUGUCAGCCUGCCUUGUGCACACCAGAGAAUGCAAAGUGUCCUGUCCCACAAUGAAAGUGAAGGAGGCUGUCUCAUGUUACCACACAGCGAGAGUGAGCACACAGACACCACAAGUAAAUCCACAGCUUAGUCGAGUGUGCUGCCCUGCUUGUAGCCAUGGCCAGAGGCUCAGUGUCUCAGUGCACGCUGCCUUGUAAUCAGCUAUUUUACGGUAACGACUUCUAGUCAUUUUCAUUUCAGGCUUGGUUAGAAAUAAAGCAACUUGUGAUGAACUGCCACGGUAAGCGUCUGAUUUUUCUUUCCCACAAGCUUGUGGUUACCAUCAGAUUCUAAGAAAAGUCUUUCCACUGCAGAUUGGAAUCAUCUAAGCCACUUACACGUAUCCUUUUAUUUGUUGGUGAUUCUGCUCGGCCAGCUAAAGGUAAAAAAAACAACACCUCUUUCUUGUAUUUCAGGCGCAUUUCUAGUUAAUACUCAUUAACUGACUUAAUGUAUGUUACACAUCGUCAACCUGAUUCACUACUGACAUAAAACAGAAGCAAUUCGUUAGUAACGGUCCCUUGCCAAUUAGUGAACUAAAUUACGUUUGAACAAUUUUCUUCAAAGAUUCUCCUCCUCCCCCCCCAGUGCAUCAUUUGGCAAGUCCCCCGAAUGCUUACAGUAAUUAUGUGCGUGCAGUGAAAGGAGACUGUUACCUCUUAAAGCAAAAUAAAUGAAUAUGUGAUCUUUGUGUUAAUAUAACAAUGAGUAAUACAAAGAGUCACAGACAUCCUCCCUUUGAUCUGCCAGAGAUAAAAACAGCAAUUAAGAUGACAAGCCGUUUUAAAACCCAGAAUAUUGGGAACGUUCCAUGAGGGGAAAGUGAUUGUUCUGUAGGGUUUUCAGGAAAUCAGUGAAGAAGGAUAGCCCUUCUUGUCCCUGGUGACCACAGGCCUUUUGGCACACGUGGUGUGGGUAUCCUGACACCUGUCGAGCCACAAACAGGUUGGCGGUGCUUCUGAAAAUCGUUCCCUCUUUCUGGGAUAGCGUUUAACAAGAAGAGUGGUAUCUCUGUUUCAAAUUGAAAGUCAAGCUGAAGUCAAACGGAAAAUGUUUAGCAUUGUCUCAACCACAUCCUUAAAUAUAUUGGCCGCAACGAGAAAAUAACCCCGACCUCUGGUGCCACGCAGUGAUCGUGGGGACAGGUGUCAGCUUGGUUUUAACGUGAAAGCUGAGGAUUCUUUUGGGAUUUCCAGGGCUGCGUGAGAUCUAGGAAACCAGCUCAUCUGACUUUUGGGUUUGGAAGGAGAGCAGAAAGAAGAAAUGAAACAUGACACACGAGUAGGAGAAACGAAGACACUUUCACACUUUUAAAAAGUGUGAUAGCUGGGAGCUUUGACAUUGAUUUCAAUGGAGCACAGAGGAGCCUCUGCCCACAGUGGUACCCACAAUGCAAAAAUCCUUUGUUGUCCAACGCUGCCCACAUGGAGAUGGGCUAUCACUUUUUCCCCACUGGAUUUCUGUAGUAAUACCCAUGAAAUAUCUUGACUAUCCCUGCUAUAAAUGGGAUUGGAAACCAGCUGGUAUAUUUCAUGAGUCCAGUUCUAAUAAUGAACCUUUAUCUGAAGAACUGUUCCUUCAGGUUAUCCUCUCUUGGCUGAGAGUUUAAUUUUCAGACUUUCUGCAUUUUUCCUCUUUAGUCAGCAGGUAAAGUAUGUAGUCGUGGCUGCCGGAGCCGAGUGCCUGCAUUUGUCAUGCCACAGAGCUGCCAUUCUCGGGGGCCAAGAUCUUUGUGCCAGCAGCAUCGUGUCACCCCAAUGGAAUCCCACCCACGUGUGGUGCUGGGCAAAGUCUUUUUUGUUAAUGGAUGAGUAAAAUUGCAUCUGGCUUUUGUUGUCAUCACGAGGUAAGUAAGAGGGAUUUGCAUCUGAGCUGGCACACUUUCUGCAGCCAGCUUCCAAGGCUAAUUUCAGGCAGGCUGGCACGAAUAUCCUUCCUUUACACACAGACUGAGGCUCCGAAGCCUCGUAGGAGUUUUCCAUAGGAAACACCGCCCUGGGUAUCUGUGUGCCAGAUGUGCUCCUAUGGCAUUUCCCUGCACAUCAAUGACCUACUGUUCCAGCACGGAAUCGAUCGGCCUUCUUGUGACGUGUUCUAAAUACUUUGCUGUGAGACUUGUCGUGUAUAGGCUAGAAAAACAGUAAUUAAGGCACCCCCAGGUGUAAAACAUCCGCUGAUUCAACGCCGUCUCGGUGGUGUCUGGUUGGGCAGAGCAGUGGUACCACCAUGCCCCAUGGCCAGAGCCAUUCUGCAAGGGCUCAAGACUCCGUGCCCAACCUCUGGACAUUGUCUUAUCCAUUAGAGAGUGGAUUUAACUCUGUGUUCAAAACGUGUUAAGGAGGGGAUCUGUCAUGCAGACCUAACCCCAAGCAUCCUUCAGGAAGUUUUGGUUUGCUGCUGUUUACAGGAAAGCCCCAGGUCCUUCCCUGGCUUUAGGGAAUCGCUUACCUGUGGGAGAAGUGUGGGCAUGUACAGAAUGCUGGUUGCUUUUAUGGGCAUGAUAUAUUCUGUUCAUACUACUUGUAUUUCUUCACAGGACGUGCAGUGAGGGGAUGUUUAUUCUGAUGAAAGUCUAGGAGUGAUAACAGGAAACCAAGUUCUUUGUGCAGCAAAUUGGCCUUGAAUCACAAACCGAUCUUUUUUUUUUUUUUUCAUCAACAGAGGGUAAGACUGUCUAAAACACAGGAACGUGAUGUGUCCUUAAAACAGCGUGGCAUUUGGAGUUGGCUGAGCUCUACCCAAACCUUUGCCAGCCUCAGAACCGUGAAUUGAAUGUCAACCCGAGCAGGUGGCACACAGGCUGGGAAGCCAUCAGGGGACAGUUGCUUUUUGUCUGUAAAGACAUCUUCUUACCCGUUCAGCUGAACCAGGAAGCUGAAGCUGCUUGUCCCCAUGGGUAGGGCACAGCACUGGGACUCAGGAGAGCUUCCUGCGUACCCCGGAGGGGGCAUUUCUGAGCACCCAAUUGAGCUGUAAGUGUCCCACUUCAUUGCAGGAGAGUUGGACUAGAUGACCUUUAAAGAUCCCUUCCAACUGAAA